CCUCGCACAUUAUCUAAAUCUCCCAACAAUGGAGGGAAGCUCGCUCCUCAGUCUCAGCUGCUCUUCUCCCUCUUACUCCUCUCUAAGCUUCACUCUCUCCCACUCCUCCUCUUCUUCUUGUUUGCUCUUCGGAAAGUCCCAUCUCGUGAGUUUAAUCCCAAGACCCUUCACUGUCCGAACCUCUCUCCGCACUUCCACCUUCACCGUCGAUGAAGCUCUCGAAAAGCCCAUCAACUCCGAGUCCAGAGACAUGUUGCCCAAGAUUGACAAGAGCGGCAGAUUUUGCAGCCCCAGAGCCGCCAGGGAGCUCGCUCUGUCCAUUGUUUAUGCUUCCUGUUUAGAAGGUUCUGACCCAGUACGCUUAUUUGAAAAGCGAAUGAAUAUCCGUCGAGAACCCGGGUAUGAAUUUGACAAGGCUUCAUUGUUGGAAUAUAAUCCCAUGAGCUUCGGAGGACCUCCUGUCACAGUUCAAACUGUUGAAGAAGCAGAUGAGCUCCUGCUAACUGACGAAAAGGAAUCAGCAAUCGAAGCGGAAGUUCUCGCAGCUCCUCCAAAGUUGGUAUACAGCAAACUGAUUUUAAGAUUUGCACGGAAACUUUUGGUUGCGGUCAUGGAUAAAUGGGACAGUCAUGUGCUUGUCAUUGACAGAGUCGCCCCUCCAAAUUGGAAGGAUGAGCCAGGAAGCAGAAUCUUGGAGCUUUGCAUCCUUCACUUGGCAAUGUCAGAAAUAACAGUGUUAGGAACACGACACCAGAUUGUCAUUAAUGAGGCUGUAGAUCUUGCUAAACGUUUCUGUGAUGGGUCAGCCCCCCGCACAAUCAAUGGUUGUCUCAGAACAUUUGUCAAUGGCCUUGAAGAAACUGGUUUAACUCCAGCUUUGGGGAAACAGAAAGUGGUCACUUGAUGUGUUAACUGAUUUUCGUUGAUCCUUUUAACGAAGUUCAGAUAGUUGAUGGUAGGCUGAACUGAAGAAUCGCAGUUUGGGAUGUAGAUGUCAGAAAACGUUGGGAGGACUUGAAGUGAAUUGAUGGCCUGGAGGCGGGUACCUAAAUUGAACCAUUGUUAUAGUAGCUGAAACUGUAAGAAUUAUGAUGUAUAUGAUAAAUGUAGUAGUAUGGAGUUUGAGAUAAUAUUAAUCUUGUAAGUGCGCUGCUCAUCAGGUAAAGGGUUAAUCAAAGCUAUGUUUUUGAUCU